AUGCUGUCGCUUUUGUGGUCGGUUUUCUUCGUCCAUGUCGCCAUUUAUUUGGUUAAUACCAUUGGCGCUAGCACGAUUGAUAAUCUGCUAUGGCUCCUCUACCUAAAGGUUCCGACCUCCACGUCGAAGAAGUUCAGGGAACAAAACCGACUCAAGCGCGAGGUUGUCCAGCUGAAGCGGGACAUGAACAACACCAGCUCACAGGAUGAGUUUGCGAAAUGGGCGAAACUCCGACGCAAGCAUGAUAAGACUAUGGAGGAAUAUGAGGCGAUAAACAAACAACUCAGUUCGCAGAAAACCUCUUUCGACUGGGGCGUCAAAAUCGUUCGCUGGUUCGGUACAUCUGGUCUCAAGUUCUUCCUGCAGUUUUGGUACUCGAAAACGCCUGUCUUCCAUCUGCCGGAGGGCUGGCUUCCUUACUACGUGGCGUGGGUGCUAUCGUUUCCCCGUGCGCCGAUGGGGUCGGUGAGCAUCCAGAUUUGGAGUAAUGUUUGUGCGACGGCGAUUACGACUAUGGCGGAGGUGGUGACGGCUGUUUUGUUGCAGAGGGCUACUACUGCUGCUGCGCCUGCUGCGAAGAAGACACAAUGA